UGUCCGCUCGAGUCAGGCUCUAAGUUUCAGUGUCCCGGCGAAGUUCGCCUCGAGAGGCUAGAAACCUAUCCGGAACAUCUCCCAUCUGAUCGUCGACGCGACGGCGCCGGCUAAAGAGUGCUCUCGAAACUUCAUUUCCAACAGGAACGACCGACCAAGCCCUUCAGCCUGGCUGCAGUUUACUUCCGAAAGCUCGCAGCCGGUCGUCUCGCAAGCUCAGACCGAAACUGGACACGUUUCAGCACUUUGUUAAGAUCUGGAUUUAUGGGGCGCGCAGUCCACCGCCGGCGCUUUUAGCCGUGACCGGCGACAGCGCGCGUCCUGCCGUCGGCCGACAAGAUGUCCGCCGCAUUCCGCGCGGUGCUGCUGGCGUCCGCCAUGUUGCAGACGGCCGAGUGCGAAUUCCGCGAGCCGGAGCGGUCGCGCAACUAUUCCGUGGCUGUCCCUUUCCUGGAGAAGUGGGUGAACAAAGCGGGAACGGGUCUGCUAACGGUGGUGUUCGACGAGCACGUCGCCGACGACGUUCCCCGGCAGGUUCUGGCUCGCGUCAGCGUUCCCGCCCGGUUGCUCACCCUGGAACACCUGAUGUCCGUCGACCCGACGAACUCGUCGACCGGAGAUCGAACGAUCGAUCCGAGUAGUUGCGUGCUGCUGUUAUUCUCGGGCAUCGAUCAGCUGAGCGACGCCGUGACUUCGAGCCGUCUAGCCUCGUUCUGGCAGCCCGAGAGCUCCUACGUCCUCGAGAAUCGCGGAGCGUCGAUCCCCCUCGGCGAAUUCUGCCGCUGCUCGGAGAGGCUCUGGAAUCUCCGCGGCGUCUACAAGCUGGUCGGCAUCACGGGCGACGAGAUCGUUCGGUACGAUCCGUUCGGCGCUGCUUGCAGAAACGACUCUAAGCUUGCCAACGGUUCCGACGUCUUUGAUCUGCUGGGCGACGACAGGAGAAGCUUCGGAGAGUAUCCUCUGAGGAUCUCGAUCUUCGAGUCGACCACGAUGACCAAGCGAGGGAACAACUAUGGCGGCGUGGAUUACAGGUAUUUGAGAGAGAUCACCAGGACGAUGAACGUCACGCCUGUCUUGGUGACGGAGAGAGAGCGGUACGGCUGGGAAGAGGACGGAGUCUUCUUCGGCACGCUCGGACACCUGGUCCGCAAGCAGACCGACGCGUCCUUCAACCAGUUCUUCGUCAAGGAUUACCUGACCCAGCGGAUUCAGUUCACCGCGGCCGUCACCAGCGACAAGCUGUGCGUCCUGGUGCCCAGGGCCUCGCUCGUCCCCGACUAUCUGGUGAUCGUGAACACGUUCAGCCACGGCGCUUGGCUGCUGAUCUUCGCGGGCCACUUCGUGAUCGCCGCCAUCUACACGACCCUGAGAAGCAGAGAGAGAGCGCACGAUGGCGUCGGGCACGACGGUAGCAGCGGAGCGCGCGUCGGUGGAAGCUUUCCCAAGGAUCAAAGAAAAACUGCGGCCCGUCCGCACCGCGGAUAUCCUCCGCAUGGCGUGCCUCGAACGGAAACAACGCUCGGCGCUGGAUCGCGUUUGAAGCGGUUCAAGGGAGCCACGUUCUCCCGUCUCGCGCCGCUCGUCAAAUACUUGACGAAAGUUGUGCUGCAGCCGUCGCAGCCCUUUCAGAACUAUGCGGCCCGAUUCCCGGAGAGAUUAUUCGUAAUGUGCAGCCUGUGGCUCAGUCUUAUUCUGAAUGGAGUAUUCACGUCCCAGCUCGCGGCCAGCUUCAGCAAACGACACUAUUACGACGACAUCGACACUUUGGAGCAGCUCGAAAAGAGUGGUCUAGCGAUCCUAACGAACUCGAGGGACAUCAUCGAGGACGCUCUGACGGACGACACGUCGCCGGUGCUGAAACGUCUGCACGCGAGGAUGAUGUACGCGAACGAUUCCGAAAUCGACAGGAGACUGUUCCGCGCUAAAGACGCCGCGUACCUGCAUCGAUUGACGACGCUGCCUUCCAAGUUCGACAAGUACCACAGGGAGCAGCUGCACGUCGUUAAGGAGUGCCCCAAGAACUACAUCUUGGCUUACGUUCUAACCAAAGGUUCGCCGUUCCGCGGCCGGGUAAACAGCAUCCUGGCUAGGCUAAACAACGCCGGUUUCUAUGGGAAAUGGUACCGAGGCACGCCCGAAUGGAACAGGCAGCUGACAACUAAUGGCGUCCCACCUGCAGGGGAGGAAUCGAUCGACCACAAGAAAAUCACGAUCAAGCAUUUGUUCAUCCCGUUCGCGAUUUUCCAUGUCGGCCUGGCCACCGCCACGGUCGUGUUUAUCUGCGAGCGCAGACGGGCCAGCAGUGACCCUAGAGAUCGUAGAAGUGGAUGAGGCCGCUGGUACGACAACAAAUCGAGGAGGGGAAUGUGGAUCGUACAUGGGAGACGACGUGGAAAUUACUGUUACUCUUUUGUUGCCAGUGGUUCCUCGGACUCAGAGACCGAGAUGCAGUUGGGAACGGCAAUUUUCGAAUGGCAGUUUGUAGUGAAAUGAAUAGUGGUUGUCGAACAGCAAUUUGAAAUGGCAAAAUACCAUUUGUAAAAUAGCAAUUUGAAAUGCCAGAAUUUCUAAAUGGCAAUUUGAAAUGGCAAAAUGCCAAUUGUAAAAUAGCAAUUUAAAAUUCGAGAGUUUCUAAAUGGCAAUUUGAAAUGGGAAUGUCUAGAUAGCAAUUUGAAAUGGCAAAAUCUGUUUUCAAUUUCCAUUUGUAAAACUCGUUACGAUUAACAAUAGCUCGACAAACAAAAUCAUCGAUGAGCAGCAGGUACGUAAACUCUUCCGAAAUAUCUCGCGAGCUACGGUUUGAGAACCUCUGGCCCGAACCACUGUCUGGAUCAAUGGAGAAUUAAAUGGAGCGAAACAGCCGUAGAUAGAAAAAAGCGAUACACCGUCUUUUAUCCUUUUAUCUCCAGCGCGAUGGAAAAAUACUCGUAAGUCUCGAAUUAGCGACACUUCCAGUGGCUCUAUCCUUCUCCUCGUUGU